UCUCACAAUUAUCCCAAGCAUUUCUAUGAGGAAAACCUUAUUCUUCGGCUCGAGUGAAUGCACUGAAACCUCUCUGCAAGGGCCAAUUGCGAUGACAAACCAUACUGAGUAUAGAAAAUAUAUAUGUCCUUUGAAGAACUGCGAUGCUCAACAGAUUUUACAAGCGGUAUUCAUGAACAUCUGAUGUCUUUAUCAGCGGUCAAUAUUUUCCUAUCCAUUGCUGCAGUUCUUGGGAAUACUCUGAUCUUCGUCGCUCUUCGGAGAGAAUCUUCUCUACAUCCGCCGUCGAAGCUUUUGUUUCAUAAUUUGGCGACAACUGAUCUUUGUGUUGGCCUAAUUGCAGAACCCCUCAAUGUUGCCUCUUGGAUGUCUCUGGUUUAUGAAGACUGGGAUGUUUGUCGGUUCUCAGCAAGUGCAUCCUUUAUGCUUCGUCGCCGUCAAACUGAAGUUCAUGAACGUGUGCAGCAAGAACAUCCAAAGUUAACAGUCCCACUUGACAUUGUGCGAUACAGGAAAGCAGUGGAUAGUGCAAUGUGGGUUCAGCUUGCAAUGGUUCUCUGUUAUCUUCCAUAUCUUGUUGUGAUGGCCUUACGAAGUAACAUAACAAUGUCUUCAUCGUAUUUUCUGGCUUGGGCAGCAUCAGUUUCAUUAGUGUAUUUUAACUCAUCACUUAACCCAUUUCUUUAUUGCUGGAAGAUUGCUGAAGUGAGACAAGUAGUAAAAGAGAUAAUUCGCCAAGCGCUUUGUUGCAUGUGCAGUUUUAUCAAUGUCGAUUAAUAAAAAAGCACUCAUUUUCACAAAUUUUAGGGAUAUAAACAAUCAAGAUUGCAAAUCAUUUCAUGUCAUCUUCACUGAUCACUAAGUUUGUGCACGAAGUAUACAUCCAAGACCAGAAAAAACAGAAAUUUUUUUGUUCCACAAAUCAUAAGUAAAGUUUUUAGUGUAAUUUUUCAGAGGAUGCUUUUUAAAGAGUUUGCUUUUCUUCUAAGCAAGCAUCAUGGCUACUGACGUUUCUCUGAGACUAUGAAAAGGAUCAAUAAAAAUGUGCCCAUCAUUAAACGUUCUGGAGUCUAUUGCGGAAAGGUCAUCAGAUGAAAUUGAUUAAGGCAUCUGCCAAGUUUAUCCAAUAACCCUUUACACCCUAAUAUCAGUAUGCAUAUUCUCCAUACAGUUCUCUAUACAUUUCCCAGGCAUGGUACUGACUUGAAGAAUUUGUUUAACAAUCAAGAGCUUCUUUAGUUGGUGAUCAUUCCCUUUAUUCAUAUAACCUUCAUGUGUGGCUUGGGGAUGAUACUGUGAAGAUAAACAACAUACUAGUCACUCUUAUGGGUCAAAGAGUAAAUAGUUCGCUUUAAAGUUAGACAGCAGAGCUAGCAUGUCUUGAUUUUGCUGUUCUCACUCAUCUUUGUUGCUGAA